AUGGCUGUGGUUGCUGUAUCUGGAAGCAUGGCCUUCGUGGUUCACCAAGUCCAUAAACGUUUACUAUCUAGCUUCAUGGAGGAAUUUGAGUUUGAAAUGCGUGAAGGGUUGGAGAAACAUCAAUCGAAGAAGAAAGUGCGGUUUUCGAAAGAAUCAUUGGAAGAGAGGAGUUGCGGUGGAGGUAAUAGAAUGAUUACUACAAGGGUAGGAAGAAUUAAGGCUGAAGAAAUUUGGAAGAUGAAGAAUGUUGAGAGGGAUGGUUCGAAAUUAGAGAACAUGAUGCCUCCUAACAGGAGAAGAUUUGAACCUCCACCCAAGGACAUUAUGAUAGUCAAAGUAGCAAACCUGCGUGGGGCUGGAAGCCCGAUACCUUCAUCCGAUUUUGUGUAA